GAAGAGGCAAAGAGGGGAGGAGAGCUGCUUUCAGUUUGGAUUAAAAAAAAAAGUGAAACAUUUAGCAGCCAACUUAAAAAUAACCUAAGUGAGCAGUGUAAGUGACACAAGAGAACAUGACUCCUUGGGCAACCACCACCAUUGAGCGAUAUGGUGUAGCCAAGUGGAACUUUACUGGCUGUGGAGAAAAUCAACUUUCUCUGGAGGUUGGAGAUGCUGUCUACAUCCAGGAGACCUGCGAUGGUUGGUACAAAGGCUACUUGGCCAGAAACAAAGCCCAUCAGGGUGUGUUUCCUGCCAGCUUUGUACACCUAAAGGAGGCAAUUGUUGCACAUCGAGGAGAUGAGGAGGUGGUGCUUUCUGCAGAGAUGCCUCUGGUGAAGGAGGUGACCAUGACGCUGAGAGAGUGGGGUAGCAUUUGGAAGCAGCUUUUUGUGGCCAACAAGGAAGCACGUGUAAGGCAGGUACAGAGGCUGAUGUGGGAGCUGAUGGAGUGGCGUUCCCAGCUCCUCUCCGGAACGCUGCCCACUGAUGAAUUCAAGGAACUCAAGCAGAAGGUUAUCUCCAAGAUUGAUUAUGGCAACAAAAUUUUGGAGUUGGAUCAAGUAGUUCGAGAUGACGAUGGGAAUAUUUUGGACCCAGAGCAGGCCAGUGUCAUUAGCCUCUUCCGAGCCCACGAAGAGGCCUCUGCUAAGAUCAAUGAACGCAUUAAAGAAGAGCAGUCCAACAUUCAAACAGAACACAGUGGCAUCUCAGCACGCAUCCAGUCAUCACCCACACACAGCCUCUAUGUCUUUGUCAGGAACUUUGUGUGUCGUGUGGGAGAGGAUUCAGAACUCUUUAUGUCCCUCUACGACCCUAACCAACAAGCAAUCAUCAGUGAGAACUAUCUAAUUCGGUGGGGCAGCAAAGGCUUCCCUAAAGAAAUUGACAUGCUCAACAACCUGAAGGUUGUCUUUACGGAUUUAGGGAAUAAGGACCUGUGUAGGGAGAAGAUUUACCUCAUCUGUCAGAUAGUCCGAGUGGGCAGAAUGGACCUGAAAGAAAGCAACAAAAAGUGUACUCAGGGUCUCAGACGACCUUUUGGAGUGGCAGUAAUGGACAUCAGUGAUCUCAUCAAAGGAAAGGUUGAAUGCGACGAGGAGAAGCAGUUUUUCAUCCCAUUCUUUCCAGUUGUGGCUGAGAACGACUUUCUCCACACCUUUCUGAACAAAGUGACCACGUCCCGGGGAGACAGUGGUGGCCAAGGACUUUGGGUGACCAUGAAGGCCCUGGUUGGUAACAUCGUCCAAAUUCGCAAAGAAUAUCCUCACCUGGUGGACCGCAACACUGUGGUUGCACGCAAGCUGGGCUUCCCUGAGAUCAUCAUGCCGGGAGAUGUGCGCAAUGACAUCUACCUCACGCUGCAGGGUGGCGACUUCGACAAAUACAACAAGACCACGCAGAAAAACGUGGAGGUCAUCAUGUGCGUGUGUGAUGAGAAGGGCAAGGUCGUACAGAACUCCAUCUGUCUCGGAGCAGGGGAUAAGCCAACGAGUGAAUACAGAUCAGUCAUCUAUUACCAAGUCAAACAACCCCGCUGGAUGGAGACAUUCAAGGUGGCCGUCCCUCUGGAGGAAAUGUACAGAAUCCAUCUUCGCUUCAUGUUCAGACACCGCUCCUCUCAAGAGUCCAAGGACAAGAGUGAAAAAAAGUUUGCCAUGGCCUUUGUCCGCCUGAUGAAGACUGACGGGACGGUUCUACAGGAUGGACUCCAUGACCUUGUGGUCUUCAAGGGUGACAGCAAGCGCAUGGAGGAUGUGAACUGCUACUUGUCCUUGCCCUCCACCCGCUACCACUAUGGAGACCUCCACAAGGGGGCUGCACUGAGCCGCAGCACCAGCAAUGUGAGUGGGGUCAGUGGGGGCCUGUCUGUCAGCUCGAGAGACGGCUUCACCAUUUCCACCCUGGUCUGCUCCACCAAGCUUACUCAGAAUGUGGGUCUGCUGGGGCUUCUUAAAUGGAGGACUCACCCUGAACUCCUGCGAGAAAACCUGGAAAAACUGAAACUCAUCGAUGGAGAGGAGGUAGUCAAGUUCCUGCAGGACACCUUGGAUGCUUUGUUCAACAUCAUGAUGGAGCACUCUCAGACCGAUGACUACGACAUUCUCGUGUUUGACGCCUUGAUCUAUAUAAUCAGUCUGAUCGCAGACAGAAAAUUUCAGCAUUUUAACACUGUGUUGGAGGCCUACAUCAAGCAGCAUUUCAGCGCCACAUUAGCCUACAAGAAGUUGAUGUCUGUGCUGAAGAGGUACCUGGACAUCUCCAGUCGAGGGGAGCACUGUGAGGCCAUUCUGCGAACUCUCAAAGCUCUGGAGUACAUCUUCAAGUUCAUCGUUCGUUCCCGCAUGCUCUACUCCCAGCUCUACGUGGGCAAUGAGCAGGCAGAGUUUGAAGAGUCGCUGAGGAAGCUUUUCGAGUCAAUCAACAACCUGAUGAGGACAGACUACAACACCACUCUGCUGCUGCGGGUUGCAGCCCUGAAGUACCUGCCAGCAGUACUACGUGAUGUUGAGAAAGUAUUUGAUGUCAAAUUACUAAGUCAGUUGCUGCAUGACUUUUAUGCCUUCAUCCCGCCCGAGAAACUCCAAAACCAGAAAGUGGUUUCUAUGACGGAAAUUGUCAGCAGUCAUCUUUUCCAGCGACCAGAAUGUCGAGACAUCUUGUUGCCAAUGAUGCUGCGUGAGCUGAGCAGAGCUUUGGUCACCAUGGCGGACGGGCGUCAUGAUGAGAGGAGAAAAAGUCUAGAGUUGCUCAACAACAUUCUGGAGGUCCUGAGCAAAGACAAUGUGGGGGAAACAUUUCAGCACGUCCAAGACAUUGUGGUUUCUUUGCUGGGAAUUAUCAACCAGACAGUCAUCACAAUGGGCAGAGAACACGCGCUAAUUGUCCAGGAUGACAUUGAGGAGCACCUUGAUCUUCUCUUGAUUGGACACAAGUCCCGGGUGGUGGCCUGCAUGACAGCUAUCCUAAGUCAAAUGAAUGACCGUCAUUACUCUACAUACAUAGAAACCUUCACUAAGACAUCAGAUCUAGUGGACUUUCUGAUGGAGUCUUUCUUACUUUUUAAAGACCUGAUCGGCAAGCAUGUGUACCCCUCUGACUGGAUGGCCAUGAUCAUGGUUCAGAACAGGGUGUUCCUGAGAGCCAUCAAUACUUAUGCUGACACAAUGAAUAAAAAGUUUCUCAGCAAUGAUGAUUUUGAAGUACAGUUGUGGAAUAACUACUUCCACCUGGCUGUUGCAUUCAUUACUCAGGAAUCUCUGCAGCUACAACAUUUCUCGCCAACAAAGAGGAACAAGAUUCUCGCCAAAUAUGGAGACAUGAGACGACUCAUUGGCUUUGCGAUUCGAGACAUUUGGUUCAAAUUGGGCACCCAUAAGAUCUGUUUCAUCCCUGGUAUGGUUGGUCCUAUCCUCGAGAUGACUUUGAUCCCAGAGGAGGAGUUGAGGAGGGCGACCAUUCCCAUUUUCUUUGACAUGAUCACGUGUGAAUAUGCACACUGUGGGAAUUUCAACAAGUUUGAGAACGAGAUCAUUCUAAAGUUGGACCACGAGGUGGAGGGUGGAGGCGGAGAUGAGCGAUACAUGCAACUACUGGAAACCAUACUGUUGGACUGUUCUGCACCGAACACCACUUUGAGGCCUCAAGUGGAGCAUUUUGUCGCCUUGGUGAAAGGACUCCUCAUCCGUCUGCUGGACUACCGCACCGUGAUAAGGGAUGACAGCCGCAACAAUCGCAUGAGCUGCACGGUCAAUCUCCUCAACUUUUACAAGGACAUCAAUCGUGAAGGAAUGUAUAUCAGGUAUCUUUACAAGCUGCGAGACCUUCACCUGGAGGGUGAAAACUACACUGAGGCGGCGUACACAUUGCUGCUGCACUCACGCCUCCUCAAGUGGUCAGAUGAUUUGUGUAGCCACUUUGAGUUCCGUGGCUCUCAAACCCAGCGACAGCUCAAAGAAACGCUCUCGGACACCAUCAUCGACUAUUUUGACAUGGGCAAGAUGUGGGAAGAGGCCAUCACUCUGUGCAAGGAACUUGCUGAUCAGUACGAGAACGAGAUCUUUGACUACGAGCUACUCGGCAAGAGACUGGAGAAACAAGCAAAGUUCUAUGAGAACAUCAUGAAGAUUCUGAGGCCCAAACCAGACUACUUUGCAGUUGGCUACUAUGGGCAGGGAUACCCUCCAUUCCUCAGGAACAAGGUGUUCAUUCAUCGAGGUAAGGAGUAUGAGCGCAGAGAGGACUUCCAAAACCAACUGAUGAGCCAAUUCCCCAGUGCCGUGCGCCUCAAUACCACCACCAUGCCUGGGGACGACAUCCGCAACUCUCCUCUCCAGUAUAUCCAGUGUUUCACUGUCCAGCCUGUCCUUGAAAUCCCUCCUCGUCUGAAGAAUAAACCAGUCCCGGACCAGAUCAUCAACUUCUACAAGUCCAACUACGUGCAACGUUUUCAUUAUUCCAGACCUGUGAGGAAAGGACCAGUGGACCCAAACAAUGAGUUUGCUUCUAUGUGGAUCGAGCGUACGACCUUUACCACUGUGUACAAGUUGCCCGGUAUCCUGCGUUGGUUCGAGGCUACUGACAUGAAACAUACAACCUUGUCUCCUUUGGAGAAUGCCAUUGAAACCAUGGAGUCCACCAAUGAGAAAAUUCUGGCUCUGAUCAACCAAUACCAGGCAGACUGGAGCCUUCCCAUCAACCCCCUCUCAAUGCUUCUCAAUGGUAUCGUGGACCCAGCAGUCAUGGGUGGCUUUGCCAAAUACGAAAAGGCUUUCUUUACAGACGAGUACAAUCAGCAGCACCCAGAUGAUGAAGAGAAAUUACUGCGUCUUAAGGACCUCAUUGCAUGGCAGAUUCCGUUGCUGGGUGGAGGCAUUGCUCUCCAUGGGAAGAGAGUCACAGAUGACUUGCGUCCCUUUCACGAGCGCAUGGAAGAAUGUUUCAAACAGAUGAAAAAGAAAGUGGAGAAGGAGUAUGGCGUGAGAGAGUUGUUGGACUUGGAUGACAGAAAGUCUACUCGACCUUGCUCCAUGCUGCGAUCUGUUCGUCAUUCCAUAAUCUCCAUUUCCUCACUGCAAGGUUCUGAAUGUGCAACACCAACCAAACUCACUGUCGACAGGGACUUCCCCCCUGAGCCAUUCUCGAGCAGCACACUACCUCGCUCCAGCGGCAGCCUCAGCACCAGCGGGCAAGAUGGCGAUCUUGUGACCGUGGGUGACUCUGAGGUGAAACUGAGAAAGACUAAGAAGAAGAGGAAGAGGAGUAGCAUGAUCUUCAUCACGGAGGAGAAAGAGCAAACAAACACUCUGGACUGCAAACGGCUGUCCAAGAAGCAGGAGUUCCAUAGUGACACCAACUUGUCAGAGCCGAAUAAUGUAUCUCUGAGCGGCACUAAUUCCAGGUCCCUGCCUACCAUUACAGGAUUAUCACUGGCGGUGGUGGGUGGGUCCGAAGAGGUGGAGACCACGCGAGCCAGGAGAGACAGCAAGUCCAUGUCCCUCUGCAUCCCCUCGGACCGAACAGCAGACAGACGCUCCAAAGGCGUCAUCGGCCUCUUCUUCAAGUCCAAGAGCUCAAAGACAGAAGAUGUAAUGAACAGUGAUGCAGGCAAAGACAGUGACAAUCAUUUCUGACAUCUGUUAGGUACAUAUUUCAGCUUCUGAAUGUUUUGCCUCAAAUUCUGCUUUUACACACUCCUUUUACUUUAGUGAUGUCACCUCAAAGUAACAUCGAUUGCUACGUUUGAAAGAUGACCUUUUGUCAGUGAGCUUAAUGAUCGCUUGUAACGCUGAAUGCCAUCUUAGAGCUCUUUAGUCAAGUUGGCUUGAAAUCACCAUGCUGCUGUGCUUGAUUAAAAAAAGACAGAAAAAGCAAAACUAUUGUACAGCUUUCAACAUUGUUGUGGAAAUAAUGAUUUGACACAUUCAUAAAAGGUUGCCAUGUCUUUCUAACGAUACUCUGAAUAAAACAUUUCAAUUAGA